AUGAGGGGAGCUCCCCGCCUCUGGGUCCUGCUCCUGCUGGUGCUGGGUGAGUGCGAAGCCUGCGGGCAGCCCCAAGUGUCCAGUCGCAUCGUGGGGGGCCGUGAUGCCCGCAAUGGAGAGUGGCCAUGGCAGGCCAGCAUCCAGCACCGCGGGGUCCACGUGUGUGGGGGGUCACUCAUUGCACCCCAAUGGGUGCUGACAGCAGCGCACUGCUUCCCCAGACGGGUGCUGCCAUCCGAGUACCACGUGCGCCUCGGGGCCCUGCGGCUGCGCCUCGCGUCCCCCCACGCCGUCUCGGCACCUGUGCGCCGCGUGCUGCUGCCCCCAGACUACUCGGAGGAUGAGGCCCGAGGAGACCUGGCGCUGCUGCAGCUCGGCCGCCCGGUGCCCCUGAGCGCCCACGUCCAGCCUGUGUGCCUGCCCCCGCCCGGCUCCCGGCCUCCUCAUGGGGCAGCGUGCUGGGUCACAGGCUGGGGCAGCCUCCAGCCCGGAGUUCCGCUCCCAGACUGGCGCCCUCUGCAGGGAGCGCGGGUGCCACUGCUGGACUCCAAGGCCUGUGACCGGCUCUACCACGUGGGCACUGACGUGCCCCGGGCUGAGCGCAUAGUCCUGCCGGGCAACCUGUGUGCUGGCUACCUCCAGGGCCACAAGGAUGCCUGCCAGGGUGACUCCGGGGGACCCCUGGCCUGCGUGCAAUCUGGACGCUGGGUCUUGGUGGGUGUGGUGAGCUGGGGCAAGAGUUGUGCCCUGCCCAACAGACCAGGCGUGUAUACCAACGUGGCCAAGUACAGCCGGUGGCUUCAGGCUCACCUCAGCCUGUGA